AUGAGGCGCUCCAAGCUUUUCUUCGUCCUGCUCGCGCUCUCCCUGCUCGUAUCCCUCGCGCUGGCGCCGUCGUGCCGCGCGAAUGAGAUCGACGCGGAAGAUGACGCCGACGACGACGAUGUGUCGGACGCCGCCGUUUCCGCCGACGCGUCGCCUCCUGGUCUCGUGAAUGCGCUAUACCGCGCGAGCAGGCGGUUCCUGUGGUCGCCGCGCAUGCUGUCGUGCAAGUCGGACUGCGAGGACAAGAACAAGAAGUGCAACACGGAUUACAGCGAGUGCAAGCGCGAGAACAAGGACGACAAACACGACCACCACAAGUGUACGCACACGUACAAGAAGUGCAAGAAAAAGGCCAAGAAGUGCCGCUCCAAGUGCGACUAG